UUCCCUCAAGCAUAAAAUCAAACUUUGCACAUCUGUAAACAUCUUCAUGUAAUGUUCAGCAUCUUUCCUGAUUUUGUCUUAUGCUGUAGUAUGUGUCAUUUGAGUUGAUGCAGGCUGGUUUUGUUCACUGGAUUAGUCUUUGUAGAAAUUUGUGUGCACUAGAAACAAAGCGGUUUGAGGAACAAAUGUAAUUUAAAACUACAGAGAUUGGAAUAGAAGGAAUCACAUUUUUAAGGGGUUGAAUUCUGAGCUGCUAAAUACAUUAACUGUUAUUUCAAUGAUGUUUGGUUUGUCUUCUGUGUUAAAGUCACUGGAGAAACACGUGCAGCAUGAAAGAUAGCUACGAUAAUAAACCUGUAUGAUGUUAUUGGAACGUAUUGCUAUAGCUGCACUGAGUAAUAUUUGUUAAUCUACUCAGUCUGCAUAUUUGUGUUUUAAUUACUUCUUAUAUAUUUAUACAACAAAAUUCAUAUGUCAUCUAAAUAGGGGAUAAGGUAAACUGUCGGUUUAUACUAUUUGAUUAAUUACCUUAUAUGUACUUUGCUUUAGGACAAAUAAGCAAAGUGGUAAUAUAGAUAGAAAGCUUAGAUUUUUGUCUUACAAUCAAAAUUUCUGGCAUUUCCAAUUUUGUGUUAGUGCUGCUUAAUUAAAAUGUGUAGCUAGACUUUAUGGAUGGGGGUGAGGUUUUUUUCCUAAAUAGAUAAUUAAUGAAUUUUUAAAACAGUACUGUAUAAUAUUGAUUAAUAGAAACAAAGGUUUUGGAAAGGUUUGUCUGCAUAGCCAGACUCAACAAGCGUACUCUUUCAGAAUAACGUGAGCAAAGUGUGACUACCAGAGAUAUCAUUUAAGUUGUGAGUCUUUAGAGAUUUAUUAUUUAAUUUUUGGACAAUGUCGUUUGCUUAGUUUUAUUUUUCGUUCUGUGAAGAAAGUGCUGUUUGGGCUUUUUUUUUACAGUCUAGUCGGACAUGAACCAUUGCUCUUACGGUGUGGGGGAAAACGCCCACGACUGCUGAAUUGUAUCUUGUAGAGCAAUUUUGGAAAAAGCAGUGAAGUGAAACAUAGAUGUGACUUCUAAAUGCAUCUUUGUCUUGUACUCUUGUAUUUACAAUUAGAUCUUACUGUUUUAUCAGUGUCAGAUACAAAGGAAAGGGUGUAACUUGCCUAUUCUCAAAUGCACUUAAUGUUCAAAUUAGUUUCAAAGGAAGUUCAGUGUCCCUGUCUAAGAUAAUUUUCCUUGUUUUUCCCCAUAUGCUCAUAGAUAUGUUUUCUUCUCAACUUCUUCUCUGUUCUUCCAAGCAGCAAAGAAGAAUGUAGCAAAGCAUUGGUGAGGUGGCCUAAUUUUGUGUUUAUAUAACUCUGUCUACCUCCCAAGAAGUACUUUGACUGAUGUCCUUAAGUGGAGUUCAUCAGGCUCAGUUUUUUCAGAACCUCAUGCUAGGCCUAUAUUCUCUUUCAGAUGUGAAAAGCAAAAGUUUUUUGAAGCCAUCUAGUUUCCCAGGGAGAGUUUGAAGGAGAAAAGAUAAAAAGAUCAUGUACUUAAAGUUGGAAAACCUAGAAUUAGCAUAAAUUUUCAUUAGUCUUUUCCUCUGAAGAAGCAAAGUAUUGCUAAAAAUUGGAGGAAAUAAGUGCUUCCAGGGAAUUCAUUGUAUUACUCUUUUGAAUUACAGACCUGACACUUCCUAGUGGCUUUUAGUUAGUGUGUAAUUUUACUUCUCAGGGCACAGUCUAUUGUAGUGAAUUAGAGUACAUUUUUACUGUUUAGGAUUAUUGAUUUUUAAAAAAAGAAAGCUAAACAUGUAAUAACUGGCUUUUAUUUAUUUUUUUUUUGUCUAGCGUAGUAGACGCUUUCCAUUUUCCCUGCAUCAUACUGUUAUUCUCUAUCUUAAACUGCUGUUGUAGCCUUGCAGGGAGCUCCUGACAACUGCUGGAUUUCCUCUCUGAGUUCCCUAGUACUAUUCAGUAGAAUAGUCAGUAUCUCAAAGAUGUAUGUUGAAAUGGUGGAGAAGUGUUUAGCAGUAUCUGUGUUGAUGCACCAUAUAUCUUAGAUUUAAUAUUUUAUGAUCUUUUGUUAGGAUUAUGAAUGCUAGAACUGCAAAAGCUUUUUUAAUAGCUGCCAGACUCUUAUGUACAGCAGAGUUAUUCUGACAAGCAGAACUCUUAACUGAAGUCUAGUUUGUUAAACAUCUUUAUCUGCACCAUCUGGAACCUGCUGUAAAUCCUAUUGUAUAAACAGAGGUGGGAAGAUCCCACAGUGAGGUGUGUGUUUUGUUCACGGGACAUUUUCUUAACAGAAUAUAACUAUGAUGAAACAAAAAACUUUUCUUGGAUGAGGUACACGUGUAUGUUCAUUAUGAGUAAAGUUAUGAAAUUGGUACAUCGUUAAUACAGUAAGAUUUCCUGAAUGCUGUUUAUAAUGAAUAGAUAAGGGCAUUGGGCUUUUUUCUUAACAGAGUAUUUAUUACCUGUUAUUUUAAAAAGUGAUGUAAAUGAUACAAGGUACCAGAAUUUGUUUUUAGAAGGCAAAAUAUAUUUAUACCUGCUGUGUUUAUUCCCUUUUGUAGCAUUUUUUGUUUUUUGAAAUGGAUGCAUUUAAAACUGGGUAGUCAUCUUGAAAAGUGUGCUUGAGAAUGUCCUCUUUCAUAUAAUUGAAAUAAUAGAUGUCUUAAGUAGUUGUAAGUAGUAUUAAGAUCCAAGCUUGUGACAGCACUACAGUGUUCAAGUGAGCCAUUCAACACUAAUUUUGUAAUACUGUCAUGUUCAUCAAAGUACUAUUCUAUUUAGGAAAAUGCUUAUUUUAUCAAGAUGUGUGCAAAAAUAUUUAACUCUCACAACUUUCUUAUUAAGGGGAUAUACACCUAGUUUUAAACAUAAAAUUUUGCAAUAUUUUUUCUAUGAAAAAUUCUCAGAUGCACGGUGGUGGCCAUUGUAAAUCUUAUGUAGAUUUCCAAGAUAAAUUAGAGAAAUGGUAAAUUUUGUAGCAGAAAGAAUAAAAUUAUGACAGGACAAUAAGACACUGGAAAGUAAUCUUCUAAAUGACCAGUGUUCUACAGGAUAGUGAAUGUAAAACAUUAACUUUGUUUUUCACUGGUCUUACUUUGUCAUAGGAUGAAUUCCUGUCAGAUGGGGAUUGUUUUCUUUCUUUUGUAAUCAGUAGAGAGCUUAUUUGUGAAUAAAUUAUCUAUAUUUAUUCUCCCACAAUAAGUGUGCAUGUAUGUGUGAAUGAAUGAAUGGCGGAACUGUAUUUAUGGCCUGUGAAAACUGCAAAAAUCUCCCACAUUAGGCUAUUUUUAUACAGCACUGGUGACCUGCAACCAGACUCUUCCGUGAAGGAUCUGUUCUAAGUCUGAAUCUAGCAGGAUCAGUGCCAGGCUGUUUGCUGAAAGCAACGAGAUCUCUUGCUUCCCCUCUCUGUCUUACUCUGCCUAAUUUUCAUGAUACUUGGACAAAUGUGUGCACACACCAAACAAAUCAUUAGUGGUGGUGUAGGAAGCGUGUGAGACUGUGAAAGAGUUUGUAAGGUCUCGCAAUCUGGGAUGACUAGGGAGUGGUCAGCCAAUGACCUUCCUGGGGGGAAACCGUCCAGGAGUUCUCCAGGAAGGAAAUGGAUAGGCCAGUUUUGGAUGAAAUGCUUUAGCAUCACGGGAGGCUGAGAAAACUAUGUCAGAUACAAACUAGCAACUUGAAUUGGUAUUUGAAUACAAACAAGUAGUCUUUUUGGUACUAAAUUUUCAGUAUUUUUCUCAUGUUCUUUUUAUAAAAAUAAAUCACAUCGAAAAUAUUUUCAGAAUUACUCUUCAUUUUGGAUGCCUUCCAAUUUUGAGUUACUGGAUUUGAGAGAUUUCCUUAAAGGGAUCAAUUUUAUUGGAAAAUAAAGCACCUUUCUUCUCUCCUCCUAGGCAAUGUGAUUCAUUCCAAAAUAUGAUUCAUUCUAAAAUGAGCACCUAAAAUCACGGGGCAUAGCUGAAGGUAUUGCUUGUCAUUCUAAAUGCAAAGUUUAAAAAAGGAAGGAGAUGUUUUACAUUUUUUUUCCCUCUUAUUACCUGCUAGGUAGAAGGAGUAUGUAAGGAAGCCCUGAGUUGAUAAGUACAAUCUUUUACUUAAUUUGGAUGUCCAUUAAAUCAGAAAGCUUAAAGCAAAUAAUAAACCCUCCAGUUUAUUUUGUAGGAUCUGGUUAUUAGUUUGUUUUUAAUCUGAACACUUUAUUUUUACAUCUGUUAGUGUGAAUGACGAGACUCUCACUAACUUCAUUGACUUAGUAUCAGGCCAUGCUGUGGUGGGGGUGUCAGCCACUACCUGAUAGCCAGGACAUAUUUAGUGUGAUGAAUUUUAAGUGACUUCUUUGUCUUUCACAAAUACUCAUAUUAAUGGCUUCAGUGAAAAAAAGAACAGGUAGGGUAGUGUAAGCUCAUUAGCACUGUGGAAAAGAAGCUGUUAAGGCUAUGGAAUGUUUUAGGUUUAAAAGGGCAGCUAGAGAAAAAUUAAGGGUACUACAGGGUAUCAUGGCAGAAAGUUUCAUACAAUAUGCCUGUGUGCAAACGAAGGUAACACUUUGAUUUUGGAAGUCUUGGAUAUCAAUAGCAUAUAGAUUGAUGCCCGAGGUUUAUGCAAGAUACUUAGGGAUGACUGCUAAUAUUUUAAGUGGCAUGUGAUAACUGAUGCAAUAUUGGAAGGGGAAAAGUCUUAAUAAAUAGUGGAUGGCCUAAGCAUUGCUGUUCUCCAAGUGUGCUGACUACAUUUAUGGUCAACAGUAAACUGCACAUUUGUCACCCUUUCAUCCCACAAAUGUUUAUAAUUAGGUAACAGCUAAUUUACCUUUUAAAAUAUAUCUACAUAAUGUUUAUUUGAGAUGUUCUACAAUCAUUUGUUGUUAUCUAGUACUAGAUAAUUCUCACCACAGUCCAUCUUCAGUGGAACCUAGCCAAGUAUAAAUGGUUAUAAAUCUAGUUUUGCUGUGAAGGGAAAUUGAAAUUCCACCAUAUAAAACAUAUUCGUGGUGUUUAUUUAGAAACACAGAAGAGCAUCCUAGCACUGCUUUCCUGUUGUGCACACUGAGUUUUACCUUGAUUAUCUCAAAUAUUUUGUAUUGCAUGUUAAUUAAUUUUUUUCAUAUCCUAGUAGUACAAAAUUAAUUACAAAAUAACAAAAGAGCACCCUUACAGUUCUAACUAUUCUAUGCAGAUGUCUUCCAAAAUUUACAGGUACAAUUUUAGUGGUGGUGGUUGGUAAAUAGAUUUUUUUCACUUAUUUAUCAGCAGACUUGUUUUUAUAUGUAUUAGUGACAAAAUGGACUAAGCACCGCUGUAAGUUAUUGUAUUUCUGUAGAAAAUGGAAAAUAGUGUAAAAUUGUUUUUGUUAAAUGUUGGCAGUUUAUAAAUAAACUUUUCAUCUCCUAAAAACCCUCUGUUCUCUGACAACAAAUUUGACUCCAGUUUCUUCGUUUACCAACUGCUAUCCUUCCUAAUUAUUGUUAAUCACUUUUCAGUGAUAAGCUGCCUUUAACUUGAACUGCGCCUUCUUUUGUGAAUUAGGUGAUGACAGCAGACUUACUAUGGUUCUUUUUAAACAUCGACAGUUAAGCCUUUUUAAAAUGCUUUUCUAGGUCUUUGUUCAAGCUUAGUUUCUGAAAGGAUUGAGGUGAACGCGAGCUCUUCUGAAUAAGAAGUUUCUUAUUGACAAUAGACAGCUGACUGUACUGUCUAGAGUCACAGAACUUGGACAGCUGGUUGAUGCUUAUGUUUCUGUCACUUUUUUAAGGUUCAGCAUGUAAUUCUGUGACUUACCUUUUUUAAAAGCUGGAAUCAAGUGGAGUAGCUUAUACCAGUUUUUCCAAGUUCCAUACAAUUUUUGUGCAGAUAUAGUUGAAGGGAAGACAUUUCACAGAUCUUAAAAGCCAGUAAUUGCCCUCUUAUGUUCAAAAAAUUUAUUUUGUUUGAUUAUAUUAAAGAUAGAUGUAAUAUGGAAGCAUGGUACUUUGAUUCCAGUUGACUGCCUUUAGAACAUAAAUUUUGUUGUAUAAAUUUUAUGAGACUACAUGAAGGAGAAUCCUCAGGUAACCCGUAAUCAGAACUGGAUGAAAAGAUACUUGAGGUAUGCUCACUAUUUUUGUAAAAUUUCUAACUAUGCAAAUACUUAGACAUUAACAACUGGAUCCAUAGGGUUGAUGUUUUAAAUCUGCAGUUAAGCUCCUGAAAUAGUAUUCUACUUCAUGUAUAGUUCCGUGAUUUCCGUUUAUGAAAAAUUGUUCAUUUUUUAUCAAAACUGACUUACACAGUAAGAUCUCUUUUAUGGACUUGAGUUAAUGCUGCAGUAAAUUUGCUUCCAGUCCAUGUAUAUCAGGGCAAUCAGUAGCUCUAUAAAGAUUUUUCAUUCCAGGCUGUUACCCAAAUAAUUCUGAGAUUCAUUUAAAUAAUAUAUUAAGUUAAUAAAUAUUAAUAGAAUAUUGAACUAUCAGAGUGUGUGGUUGGGGUUGGGUUUUUAUUAUUUAAGUAGUGACACUGGGAUAUUUUAGUAUAACAGCAUAUGUAAAAACUCUAAAGUUAGAGAGUUUUUUAUUUAAUAUCUUUUCCAGGAUGUGACUAGAAUCGUAGGUCCCAUAGUGGUUCUCAAGUUCACUUUAGUGUUUCUUGUCUUGUCAUCUUGGUAUCUUGUUCAGAUAUACAAGCAAAGAAAUGAAAAAUAAUGUCUGCAUGGUCUUAUCUUCUACUUGCACUUUAUAAUAAUUAUUUGCUCUCUGAUACAGUCCUACAAGUCUUCCACUGUACUCUAGUUCCAAUAAGUCUAAAUAUUCCCCAGCUACUAUUAAGCAAAUGAACCUCUAGAAUUUCUUUGCUGGCUGCUGGAAGGCAGUUGGUGGCAUUGUCUGGUUUUCCAUAAGCCUGGAGUAUCUGGCUGUUAACUCUUCAGUCUGUUUGGGGUUGCUAUGCCUCUGAAAAGCUAGCCAUAGAUUCACCACUUCCUUCGUAACUGAAUGCUUGAAGCACCUUUGCAAACUACUUUUCUACGGUAUCUGGUAAAGAUGUAAAAAAAGAAAAGUUGAAAUGUUAUGUCAAGUAUCAGUAGGGAGAGGUAAGUUCAUGGGGCACAGAGUGGAAAAAAAAGCACGACAGAAGCAGUUUGGCUGAGCCAUCCUACUGCCUGCAUGAGCUGCGUCUGACAUGCAGACAUGUUGACAAGCUAGGAAAGCAGUUUCUAGGGGAAGAUGACAGUCUUUGGAGAGCAAGUGUUUUUUGAAUUUUGAAGUGGAAUGUUCAGAAGAGAAGUGGGAAGUUUUCUAUAUAAUGUGAGACAGUUUCGGGGUUAUCUUUAAUAUAUUCUCAACUCUAGCAUACCCUGUAGUAUCAGGGGUUUGGGGUUUUUUUAAGUGUGUGUGUGGGUUUUUUUGUGUGUGUUUGGGUUUUUUUUUGAGGGAGCGUGGUGUGUCUUUGUUUGGUUGGUUUUGUUUUUUUUUUUGCCAAAGUACACCUUCCUGGUGUCUUAAAGCACAAAAGAUCAGGGGGACAGCAAUGACUUUUCGCUGCAGAACCCAUGGAGUUUCAAAGGUCUUGCUUUCUUUCCCCAUAUAAGCUAUUGUGUUAAACAGAAGUAUUAAUCUGCCUGGCACCUGUAUCUGACUGGGAAAAGUGAAAUAAUGGAAGUUGCAUUUAGUGGUUUCCAUGGCAGUCAGUGAUUACUAAGUGGAGUCAAACAGAAGACAAGAAGAGAACAAUCAGGCAGGUCAUUUUCAUUAUCCACUAUGAAGCUUAAAGCUUACAUCUUUAAACAUAUACAGGCAUGAAGGAAAGUGAAACUAUAAGGUAUCCCAGUCUCGCUUCAGGUUAGCAUGUCUGUGUAUGCAUAUUUAGUGGUGUGGGAGACAACUUUUUAACCAGGGAGAUUUAGCGGCACUGCAAACAUCAGUGGAACCGUGAAAAUUUAGUAGCCACUGUGGGCUCACUACUGAAGUAGUGGCUUCACUACUAAAGGACAAUAUGGCUUUUUCUGAUGAAAAGGGAAAUGGGAAUUUUCCUCUCCAUGUGUAACUGCUGUCUUUACAUGGUACUGUCUAGCUGUGUUUUAUGAGUGACUGGCCCCUUUUGUACUCGUUGCUGUCUUACCACCGUCUACCACUACCUCCCCAUCCCCAGUCCUGCACAUCCUUCACCAGUCUGCACAGCUACACCAGCCCCUUUGUACAUCCUGGACCCUCAGGUUUGCAUCCUCAUCAGUUGCAACUUUCCAGUUUGCCUGUGGUUUCUUAAUAACACAUUCAUUAGUGUGACUGACUGCUGAGGUCUGUUUCUUGCCUUUGCCUCUGUUAGUUCAUCAGUUGGGUUUAUGUCUCUGUAUUCUUGUUUGUGCCUUCCCCUUUACUUGUUAACACCUUUUGGUGUUGGAAUACCAGAUACCCAUAAGGGAGCAGAAACUCUCUCCUUUUACAUACCCUUGCACAAACUGGUUUGCUUGCUUUCAGGAAAGCUGAAAACCUUGCUUCACUGUAGUUUUUUUAUACCAUGUCAGCUUUAUUCUUUAUUUUGUAAAGCCUUUGAAGUUUCACUGGAAAUGUAAAAGCUUUCAAAAAGUCUUUAAUAGAUUUAUGGAUUCCUACAGUCCCAUGAAACACAGCCUGUUCAGUUUGGUAGUGCUUGACUUAAAUUAAUACAGAAAUAAAGAUUUGCUUCCCCAGCUGCUCAUGAGAUUUGAGCAGUGGUUGCAGUUUUCCCUGUAAGAUAGGGCAACCACAAAAACAAACAGAAAACUGAAACUGCUGCUUGAAUUGAGGAAUCAGAGAGGAGAGUGGGUGGCAGAGGUUAGGAGUAGUUUUUUAUGGACUAUAAUGAUGAUAGAAAGGGAACAACAUGAAAUAUAAAUAGAUAAAUUCCCUUUCUGUCUUGAAAGGUUUCGAGUUUUCUCCAUCAGCAAUAGGUCUGCAAAUGAGGAAGAGAACAUACUAAUGAACAUAUUAAUGAAGUGGGUGCCACUGGGUUAAAAAUAGGGAUGCAGAUUUAAGCACAUAUGGAUACAUGGCAGGUCAAAGCUGACUGCACUGAGUCAUAUUUAGGAACAGGAAAAUGACCUGGGAAAAUGUCAGUUCUUUGCUGUCCCUACUAGCAGAACUAACCCCUGCAAACUUACCAGCUUCGGGGUUAAACUAUCAGAUUACCUGUAGGAAGUAGCACUGUAAUAACCUGUCUGAUGGCUCUGGACCUUAAGGAAAGAGAUGAAUAUCUCCAUCCCUCUCUGAUUAGAGGCUUCCAUAAGGGAAGCAGAAAUACAAAGCAUAUUUUUCUUAAAAUCUGGAGGGCAGAGGAGGGGGUGAGGAGAAGCCUACUGAAUGUACACAGAAAGUAAGAUUGACUCACCACCCCAAAGGAGAGUAAUCGCACAGCACAGGAGACCUGCUUUACCGCUGCGUGGAACGGGCAGAUGGACCUGCUUGUCAGGAAACCUCAAGCCUGAUAUGUCCCUUUUGUAAGGGAUAAAAGCUACUUUAUGCUUCUGGGAGUCUGGCUACCUCAGUGAAGAUGAGCCUUCCUACAUCUCCCUCUACGGUAAUUAGUUUGCAAGAUACUAUCAUACUUCUUUUUAUAUAUUUUCUCCAUUUAUUUUUUUUCUGAAUCAGUGACUAUGUUUCUUUGUUUGUUUUCUUUAGUGCCGAAGGUUUGAUAGGAAGAAUAAGGAUAUAUCCAUACUCAGGCCAAGAAGACAACUGUCCUUGCAAAUGAUACGUGAAUUAACAUUAACAUACAGUUAAAUAUGGCCAUGGAUUCAUCAAUUGUCCUCUUCCUGGCUGUGCUGGCUCUUCUCCCUGAGCAGACGUACGAUCACCAGAUUGAUGUGGUCACAGCCCAGCGGAUGAAGGAGCGUGAGAAAUUUCUGCAUCAUCAGAUGACACAGCUGUGGGAGGAUGUUGAGCGGAUCAGGGCCUUGGAAGAAGAGUCCCUCCUUUUCCUGUUGCAACACUGGCUCUUUUGGGCAGUUGCAGUAGCUGAGCUUGCUAUGGUCUGCUGGCUGACCUGGCAAAUGAAGGUUGCCUCUCACAGCUGCCGUGAGCAGGACAGCUCCAGCAGUGAGAAGCAGGAGGAAGACAAGGACGAGGAGGAAGCAGACCUCAGUGAAGCACACAGAUUUAUGCUCAGGCCCACCCUAUCACCAACACGGGGAGUGCUCGACCUGUGCAGGAAUCUGAAGCAUCUCGUCCAUGAUCUCCUGUUUAUCAGCCGAGAGUUUUCCCGGAGGACUUCCAUGCCAGAGAUGUACCCAGGCAUUGGGGUGGACGGCUCUCUUGAAUCCUGGAGUGUCAACCCCCAGUAUCGAAUCUUCUACCAGCUGAUUGUGGUCCUGCGGCCACCCUGUGGGCACUCCUUCAUCCUGGAGCGAGACACCACGGCGCAGCAGCCAGAGAGAUGCUCUGAUAUCCAUGUGAAGCUGGAGUGCACGUGCUCAAGUGAGCACGGGAUGGAAUACAACUUGUGUUUUCUCCAUCCCACUGACAAACGGCUACCACAGGAUCAGAGGUCACCUCUCCUACGCACCCUCUGCAUAAGGUCCUACUUAAAUGUGGAGAAAACCGCCCGCUGGGCACAGAAUUUGCUGAAAACAGCUUGGUGGCGUUUGCCUCAGUGGCCCCGCCGCCACCUAUGGGUGAUGCACUCCUCCUGGACCUGCAGGUUCCUCGUGAUCAGCCCCUCUGAGAGGCAAACCUGCACAGAGAUGUAUUUUGUAGUGCAGCAAGGCAGCCCAGGCAAUUACCUGGUCCUGCAGUAGGCAGUGGUCAGCUUUCCCGCUGUGCUGCUUUAGGCUACUCUGUAUAGUCAGUUUAGGGGGCAUCUACUACAUGUACUCACCACAGAGCCACCCGCUCAACGCCCUUCCCUUUCCCGCUACCCUGAUGGAGUGGGGAUGAGACUCCAAAGUAAAACUUUAGUUAAGUUUAAUAGUAAUAAGUUUAGUAAUAGGUUUCAUAAUAUUAGGAAUAAGUAGAAUGUUCUCACAAGGUGUGUAGUAGUCACAGUUAGCUUAGUUAGUAGGGGAUAGAAAAGUUAUUAGUUGUGUAGUUACCCAGUAAAAGAUAGGCAGCAAAGGGUAAAUAUCCAGUAACCUCCAUUUUGAAAAUACUGGGGACCCUCAAAGCCCCUAAUGAGCAUGUAAGGGGGCAAAUGUGGUAGGCAUGUCGGGAAGUCUGUAACCCCAGAGUAUCUCAGCUUUGAAGAAACAGGAAGGGACCUGCAUUUCGAGCAAAGAGGAUAAAAGAGGCUGCAAUCUCUGUCAAAGUGAGAGACCUAACUGGGGA